CGACGGAUUAGAUUAGAUCAGUUUUUUUCUGCCAUCAGCGUGACCACUGUAAAGUCUUUGUCUCUGCGGUGUGCGAAAAGAGGCUCGGUCCCAUAAUUCAUGCUCCUGGACGAAGCGUUUUUUACUUGUUACGCUUUCGUGUUAUUUCAUUCCAGAACAUGAUUAUGUUCCCGAAAACUGCACACCAAAAGCUUGUCUCUAUGGAUAGCGCCAUCAAAGUAACCCUGCCGUAUGUUGUCACCGAUACGGAACGCUGUAUUCGAGUUGAAUCGAGUCGAAUCAAGUUACGGAGUGCCUCUACGCCAGAUCCACCGCAUGCAUGGCAUGGCAAGGUCCUCCCUUGCUGCUCAUUACUCGCUGCCUAAGAGCUCCCUGGCAAACGUUGAGCUAAUUCAACGUCUACUAACAGUGAAACUCUGCAUCGAUAUCCAUGCAAUUACGUACUUGUACUGACUGAUACUCGGCGGCUCUCUCACGAUGCAACUUUCAUUCUUCGUCUCUCCGUCCCGCAACGCAAAUGCGGGGAGGGAUCCUGUUCUGGGAUGGACGGUAGCAUCAACCAAGUCGGCGAGAUGGCGAUAGCCAGAGACUCAACGUAGCAGCAGCUGACAAGUGUCGGGGGCGCUUUGGGGGUCUGUGUGGGGAGGAUGCGGCAUCUGAAAUGCCUCCAGCAGCUUGAAUGCUAGUGGCGGUUUGCGCACAUUGCCGUAUGCCCGUCC